UUAUUUUUGCAUAGAAGAACUGAGGUGCAGGCCAUAGGUGUGGGAGGUGAGAGGAUUCACCAGAGACAGAGUGGGGACAGAACAGGCAGAUCAACUGAAAUACUCUACUAAGGGGAGCGGCAGAAAACACAGUUUCCUGCAUCUUCUGAAUCUCAAAAACCUCAGCUGAAAAAAGCACCAGAGUUUCCUAUUUUGGAGAAGCAGAACUGGUUGAUACAUCUGCAUUAUAUCCGGAAAGAUUACGAAGCAUGCAAGGCUGUUAUCAAAGAACAGCUUCAGGAGACUCAGGGGUUGUGUGAAUAUGCUAUCUAUGUCCAAGCACUGAUAUUUCGCCUGGAAGGAAAUAUCCAAGAAUCCCUAGAACUCUUUCAGACAUGUGCUGUUCUCAGCCCUCUAUGUGCUGAUAACCUCAAGCAGGUGGCCAGAUCUCUAUUUCUUUUGGGAAAACAUAAAGCUGCUACUGAAGUAUAUAAUGAAGCAGCUAAACUUAAUCAGAAAGAUUGGGAAAUCUGUCAUAACCUAGGAGUUUGCUACAUUUAUCUGAAACAGUUCAAUAAGGCACAAGACCAGCUGCACAAUGCUCUACAUCUCAACAAGCAUGACCUGACUUACAUAAUGCUGGGGAAGAUCUACUUGCUGGAGGGAGACUUGAACAAGGCCAUCGAAAUCUACAAGAAAGCAGUGGAGUUCUCCCCAGAAAAUACAGAGCUGCUUACGACGUUAGGAUUACUCUACUUACAGCUUGGCAUUUACCAGAAGGCAUUUGAACAUCUUGGAAAUGCACUGACUUAUGACCCUACCAACUAUAAGGCGAUCUUGGCAGCAGGCAGCAUGAUGCAGACGCACGGGGACUUUGAUGUUGCUCUCACCAAAUACAAAGUGGUAGCCUGUGCUGUUCCAGAAAGUCCUCCACUCUGGAAUAAUAUUGGAAUGUGUUUCUUUGGCAAGAAGAAAUAUGUAGCAGCUAUCAGCUGCCUAAAACGAGCCAACUAUUUGGCACCCUUCGACUGGAAGAUUCUGUACAACUUGGGCCUUGUCCACUUGACCAUGCAGCAGUAUGCAUCAGCUUUCCAUUUCCUCAGUGCAGCCAUCAACUUCCAACCAAAGAUGGGGGAGCUCUACAUGCUGUUGGCAGUGGCUCUGACCAACCUGGAAGAUACAGAGAAUGCCAAGAGAGCCUACGCGGAAGCAGCACGCCUGGAUAAGUGUAACCCUUUAGUAAAUCUGAACUAUGCUGUGCUGCUGUACAAACAGGGCGAGAAGAGGGGCGCCCUGAUCCAGUAUCAGGAGAUGGAGAAGAAAGUCAACCUGCUCAAGGACAGCAGCUCUCUGGAGUUUGACUCUGAGAUGGUAGAGAUGGCCCAGAAGUUGGGAGCUGCUCUUCAGGUUGGGGAGGCACUGGUUUGGACUAAACCAGUGAAAGAUCCCAAAUCAAAGCACCGGACCACUUCAACGAGCAAACCUGGUGGCUUCCAGCAGCCUCUGGGCUCUAAUCAGGCACUGGGACGGGCAAUGUCUUCAGCAGCUGCAUACAGGAAGCUUCCCUCAGGUGCUGGAGGCCCAUCCCAGCUCACAAAGCCACCCUCCCUUCCUCUGGAGCCGGAGCCCACUGUGGAAGCACAUCCAAAUGACUCAUCAGCACAAAUAAGAGAAAAACAGGAGUAGGAUGACCUCAAAGUAGCGUUUUUUAUUUUUUGUUUUUUUUUGGUAAGGAUUUAGCAGGUUAAGAAAGAUCACCUGGCAUAGGCAAGCGUGCAAGCCAGCAGGUUCCCUGGGUGCGAGAGUCAAAACUCAGAACAAAGGGUGAGUGUGAUGAUCACGGGGAGCUCGAGGCCCGUGCAGCCCCACAUGACCCUGCCAGCUGGGAGUAGAGAGACGAUAGUCCUCUUAGAUGAGAGGGCCUCUUAGAAUUGAGAACAAGGCACUAGGUGGCUGAGAGAACUUAUCUCCUGGCUCCCUAACCCCUUCCUUUGUGGAAAGAAAGGCUGAGACAGACCUCUACUCAGGAGCCCUGUUGUGAUGAAGCCUUUUCCUUAUGGAGGUGGCUCUCAGGCUGUUGGGCAUGUCAGCACCCAAUGCCACUAUAAAUUGUGGAUCAGUAAUCUAGCUCUCAUAAUCUAGAAAAAGAUAGGAAGCUUUAUAAAUUGAGGCCCAGCCUAUUGAGUAUCCCAAGCUGCACUUGCCCAACGGAAUCCAGAACAAGUCCUAGUGUCUUGGUGGUUUUUUGGGGGAGUGUCUUGUUCUUGAGAGAGGUCAGAGUGUUGAGCCAGAUCAUGUCAGUGUGAUAAUAGCAACAAGGGCUGGUCUGGUAUCAGCAUCAAGGACUAAAAAAUGGGAGCAUUUAACUGAGGAAUUUUUAUAUAAGGCUAUUAGUGAUCCCACAGAUGCUAUCAAUGUAUAAUAAUAUCCUUUUUAAAAUAAAGAGAUUAUGUAUCAUUCUUUUUUGCGGAAAGUUGUUAUUCAGGUAUAAAAAUGAGAUCACAAUAAAAACUUUAAAAGAAACUAUGAUUGGUUUUCCCUUACCUAUUU